AUUAAAAUAUCCAACAAAUAUUAUUGUUUAGUUCGUUAUUGAAACACAACUUAACUGUAUUGUUAUUCAAAAUGUAUUUACUUCCAAUAAUUACUGUCUUCUAUUUACUAAUAAUAGUGUCGAGUGGAUUGUUACCGAUACCUCCAAUAGGUCCAAUAGUUAAAGUUUCUAGUGGUAGUUUACAAGGAAACGUGUUAUUGAACGAUUGCCAAGAACCAUAUUUCGGAUUUCAUGGAAUUCCAUAUGCUAAACCGCCAAUUAAUACACUUAGAUUUAAGUCUCCUCAGCCUCCAAAUGACUGGUCAGGCAUACGAAUGGCGAAUUUGCAGGGUAAUGAAUGUGUUCAAAGGUCGCUAUUUACAAAUAGUAUAAUUGGAAAUGAAGAUUGUCUUUAUGCAAAUGUCUUCACAAAACAUUUACCAAACGAUACAAACACCAGCUUAAAACCUGUAUUGGUUUUUAUACAUGGAGGUGGUUUUGGAUCAGGAAGUAGUGACAACAAACAAUACGGAUCGAUAUAUUUGAUGUGUGAAGAUAUUGUUUUGGUGACUUUCAACUAUCGUUUAAAUAUUUUUGGAUUCUUAAGUUUUGAUGAUCCAUCAGUGAAUGUACCUGGAAAUGCUGGUUUAAAAGAUCAAGUGCAACUUUUACGCUGGGUGCAAGAAAAUAUAAAACAAUUUUCGGGUGAUCCUAAUAAAGUUACCAUAUUUGGACAAAGUGCUGGCGCAGCAUCUGUAAACCUAUUAAUGUUGUCUCCAUUAGCAAAAGGUUUAUUUCAUCGAGCAAUUUCAAAUAGUGGCACUGCGCUACAACCAUUUGUCUUUACUCCACGAAGAUAUCGUGAAUUGGCUAGAUUAUUAAAAUACAAUGGUGAUAUAAGUAAUCAAAAACAAAUUUUCGAAUUCUUCAUGAAAUUUGAUGCGGCAACUUUGUUAAAAGCACAAAAAAGAUUAAGAACUACUUUUCUGCCCUAUUUGGGCGAUCGCAGUGAAAUGGUAGUAACCGUUGAAAAUGAAAUCGGAAAUGCAGAUCCGUUUAUCACUUCAAUGCCUGAAAAAAUAAUUGCCAAUAAACAAUACAAUGAUGUGCCAUAUUUAUUAGGAUUUAAUUCAGAAGAAGGAGCGUUCUUUUUAAAAUGGGACACAAAUGUGCAUUAUAAUUUUAGUGAUGAGCAAGACACCAUACCAAGAUAUCUACGUAUUGAAAAAAAUACACCAAAAGCUUUUGCAUUUGGGAAAAAAAUUAAAGAAUUUUACUAUGGAAACCAGAUGCCUAGUUACAAUAAUUUAAUGAGCUAUUACAACAUGAUGACCGACUCAAUUUAUUCUCAUAAAAUAAGUGAAGUAGCUAGAACAAUGGCAAUGAAUUCAAAAUCACCAAUAUAUUUUUAUGAGUUUAGUUAUAAGACACAGUUAAAUUGGGCAUCCAGAUAUUUUGCCCGAACGCCCCAACCAGCAACAUCCCAUUGUGACGAUUUAGGAUAUUUAUUUUUUAAUAUUUUGAAUAUAUUACCCAUAAAUGCGCGUUCGGAUCGGAAUUCGGGAUAUCUUUUCUUCAACAUUUUGAAUGUAUUACCGGUUUCACCAAAUUCAGAUGCCGGCAUUGGCAGACAUCGGAUGAUUAAAUUUUGGACAAAUUUUGCUAAAUAUGGUGACCCAAAUUCAAAAACAAAUGAUCCAUUAUUAAACGUUACAUGGUUACCGAUAAAUAAAGAACAUUUUUAUUAUUUAAACAUUGAUAAAGACAUGAGCCUACGGGAGAAUCCAAUACAAAAUCGAUUAUUAUUUUGGGAUAAUAUAGAACAAUGUGCGGCGACGACUCAAUGGAGGGAGUGUCUUCAAAAAAUUUAAUGAGCGGCAG